GGCUUUGUCAAAGGAAGGUGACAGACAAAUUUAUUUCCAUCGCUUUAACCUUCCAUUUUUAUAAAGUUUAUUGGCCAUUUUCUCUUGCUUUAUAAAAUUAUAACGCGUUCAUUCUGAUGUUUUCAUAGCUAUCCAUAUUUUUUUUUCUUUUCUUGCUUCUUACUAUUUCCCAGCAUAUUAUUACUCUACAAAUUAACACUGAUAACAAGUAAUACUAAAUUGAGUUACAAAUUAUUUAUUCUUCUGCAUUUAUAUACACACCAGCCUUAACUCUAUCGCACAAAAUAUUGACUGACAUUUGUUUGCUGUUAUAAGCUUAGUAUUGUCAACUACUACAGGAGACGCAAAUGGCCGAAGGUACAACUGAUCCACGCAAUUCAGAUGCGAUAUCGCUCAGAUGCAAUGUCAGCGGCAAACAAAGCAUCCCCUCGUUCAUCCACGCCGCCAACAUGUCGAGCGUACCGCACAAGGACACAAUCAUGCUCAACGUGCGCAUCAUGGCUCGCACAUACAUGCCCAGGACCACCGAUGCCUCUCAUUCGCCACUACCAGCAGCCCCACAGCGUGCCUCUGUCCUGUCGUACACAAACUCCACCAUGUCCACGACACAAGCGAGCAUGUAUCAAUCAUUGGUUUGCAGCAGACCGCAUGGGUCACAGGCGAGCGUCGCUUCGGUGAACGCCAUCGUGUCACCCUUGGUGAGAUCGCGGCCGCCAUCCAUGUGGAAGCGCCUGUCCUGUGAGCAAGAUACAAAGUCGGACGAUUCCCAGUGUGUGAAAUUUACAGUCGCCAUUGAAAGGCACGGCUCGACAGUGGAGGACUUGGUCCACAUUAUCGAAUCGACAUACGACGUGUUGAGUCGACAGGACGCCGGCUGCGUUCUGCCGCCAGUCUUAGAGUGCGGGAUAGGAGCCGAAAAUCCGCUGAUUAUCUGCACGGCGCUGUUCAAUGGCCCAACGCCGCUUCUUUUCAGCAGCUUGGUCAGCUCUGUUUUGAAAUCGGGCGACACGGUCACGGUGUACAACAGCAUUACGUGCGACGAGGACGAUGAGGACAGUGGUGACGCCGUAGCUGCUGCCAAUGCCAAUGGCGGCUGCCAUGACAGUGUCGCAUGCGGUGGCAGCAGCAUUGGAACUAGUGCCAGAGCCAGCAUUGGGGCCAGCAUUGGAACUAGUAUUAGUGCCAGUAUCAGCAUCAGUGCCAGCGACGGGACCCCUCCCAACUCAGUCGCAGGAGGCAGCACCAGCAGCACCAGCGGGGAGUUUCUGUUUGUUCCACUUUCGGCUCUGCCACCGCCAAGUAGCCACAGCGGCAUUACCAAAUUUGCGCCGUUAAUGGGCCCAGCCGGUGCGGCCAAUCUAUCAUACUCGCUUGUUUCAGCCAACACGGCCAUUGGGCA